AUGACAGGCUUUCGUGCUUGUGUCAAAGAAUUAUAUGAAGCAAAAUAUGACCCAGUGUCAGUAACGUACACAGUUUUGUCAGGUAAGAGCUCUACUGCUACAAAAUUAAUAAACUUCAGUACUUACCAACUUUCUGAAUAAAAAAAAAGGAAUACAAGCAAUACAGAAAAGGAAUGUACAAAAACUGGAGGAAAUAAAAAAAAAAUUGCAUUUGGGUGAUGAUGAAAAACAACGUUCAUCCCUUUUUCCAAAUACAUCUUAAUUUGUAUAAUGGUGUGCUUCAUAAUACUUGCAGUUGUUUUUGCGGUCUUAUGUAUUGCCUUUAUUUUGUCCUGAACAAAAAACUUCUGCUUUUUCAUUUCUUUUUUUAAUCGCAAAAAUGGAAAUAACAAAGAUGUUCGAAGCACAUAACUGCACCUAAAGCUAUACAUUUUAAACAAUAUGAUUAUGUAGUUCACUAAUUCCUACUUUGUAUACGCUCAGACAUCUGUCCAUCUGGAUGGGAUUACUUCAAUGGAUACUGCUAUUUAACAAGCUCUUUUUGCGCACCUUGGGUGACUGCUGUGUACAACUGUUCAGCAAUGAACUCACAUCUGGUAACAGUGCACAACCAAGAAGAAAAUGUCUACAUACAGCACCGUCAUAAUGGAGAGCGAUCAUGGAUUGGACUUAAUGACCGAAGCGUUGAGGGAUCAUUUGUCUGGACAAACAAGGAAAUAACCAGUUUUCGGUUCUGGGCUCCGCAACAACCAAACAACUGGAAAAACGAAGACUGUGUUCACACUCUGGGUGCCAAUAAUGGCUACACAUGGAACGAUGUGUCUUGCCAUAACUGCUAUAACUUUACUUGUCUUCAAGGUAAAAGCGGUCAUCAGGUCCGUUUUACAACUUACAUUAAAUGAUCUGUUAGUUGGCACCUGAGGUAAUCUUAUAUAUCUUCUGCAAAGGGUUGUGGUUCACUUCAAUAUUUUAUGCUAGAAAUGUAGCCAAAACAACAAAAAAAACCAUCCAAUGCUAGCGCGCAUGAAUGUAGUGUUUCUUUCAGUCAUAGUAGAGAACACUGGUUAUGAAAGCUGGCAAACGGAAUCAAAGCUUAAGAUUUUAACAAAGGUGCUGCAGUUUAUGUUGGUAGCUAUCUUCUUUUUUUCUCAUAAAAUGCGAAUGAAUAAAUUAAUGCAAUGUUUUUAUAGCCUGUGUACAGACCCCUGUCCCCCUUUUUUGAGGAGAGGAGGGCGUCUGUACACAGGCUACGAUUUUAUUGGUGACAAGGAUCCAAAUGAUAGGAAUGCUAUUGAACUUUUCACAACGUCGGUCAAGUCCAAAAAAGGUAACCAAAAAAACAUAUACUGGUAUAAUAAAGACGUUUGUAGGGCUUCGAAGCCACUCCACUUUUAUUAACUUUGCUUCAAUUUAUGUUUCAAACCUGACCGAAUGUAUCAAGGAAAAAAUGGGCACGCGACCGAGCUUAUUCGACAGUUGUUAAGGUGUCAUAACGUGAGAUGAAAGCAUUGUGUCCAGUGUUUGACAAAUUCAAAGUAAUUUCCUUUUUUUCUUUUCAAGAGUUUUUCAUAAAUUCAAGUUGAGAAUAUCAUUUUAGAAAAUAAACACGUGCAAGGUCAUCGAUCAACAAUAGAACAUGUGAGUGAAUGAAGCGCCGUGAUUUCUUUCAGAAAUUGACGAAUGCACAACUAACUAUCACAGAUGUAAUGUGAAUGCUGCUUGCCAGAAUACCGUUGGCUCAUACAAAUGUACUUGCAAAGCUGGAUAUUCUGGAAAUGGCCGCAAAUGCGUUGGUAAGUAGUGAUGAUUGCUUUUAGACAUCGUCCAUAUUUUGUUCUCCACUAAAACUUCGCAAACUGACUGAAUUCAUUCUUUUCUGAUGUUGUUUGUUAAUUAAAAAAAGUAGUUUACGUGUCUUUAGUAUCUUUUCGCAGACAUCAUACUGUAUAUGUAAAGCGCUGUAAUUAAGUUUUUCAUUUAUCUAUUGUAGUCUUAAAUUUGUUAUAAACUCUCAGUCUAAAGCGGCAACAAUAAGCCACCAACCUUUAGAGGGUAUUUAAUGGAUUUUGAGCAAACAUAUAGUCUGCCCUUUUGCUUCGCAAACUGAGUGUUGAGUUUAUUUAUAGACUAGAUAAGUAUGCUUUGUUGUGUAUGUACAGUACUGUUAUUUUUUCUCUAUCUUUAGUAGUCGAAACUUUCUAAUAAGCCUCCAGUCUAAGGCGGCACCAACCUUAAGUGGAUGGAUUUUGAGCAUUAUAAGAAUACUUGUACUAAUGUAUGGAGCAACGUUUUACACGAAUUUUCAUUCUUUCAAUUAAAACAAUUACGAAAACUGGUAGGUGUACUUCCGUUUGGGGACAUAUUUGGUUUGACUUUAAGAAUUUCAUUGGUAAUAAUUAUAACGUUAUAGUUUGAUAUGAUUAAAAAAAAAACACGAAAAUGAAAAUUUCACUUUUAGGCCUCAAGGUCGCCCCAAUUCAGACUGAAGACAAUAAAAAGCCCCAAGGGGUGUAAAUAAAGGAAAUUCGGAAGGAAAUGUCAAGGAAGGUAUUGCCUUGUUGUUUUCGGCGCAUGAAAUCAAUGUUUUAUAAUUUUGUCUUUGUUUAUAGAUAUCGACGAGUGUAAGAGCAAAACCCAUAGCUGUGACAGAAAUGCGUUAUGUAAGAACACAGAGGGGUCCUUUACUUGCACCUGCAAUCGCGGUUACAAGGGAGAUGGAAGGAAGUGUAGAGGUAGCUAUCUAGCACUCUAUAAUUAAAGGUUGGUUUGCACUAUCGCGUAAUUUUUACGUGACUGCGUGAGCGCGUUAGUUUUACGUACGUAAGUAAAAUAAGGGUUAUGUAUGAAAGGUCGCGCGUAAAGGUAAAAGUUGACCCUUGCUAAACUUUACACGCGUUCAUUUUACGCGCAUACUCACGUAAAUAUUACGCGGCAGUGGAAAUCCACCCUAAGUUCUAAUAACCAAAGAUGCACACUCGCUCAUCCGAUUGCUUGUAAUUAUUCUCCCUGGCACCGGUUGUCAGUUCAAACGUUGGAUAGCACUUUGCAUCGGAUAAAUCACUACCCAGUGGAUACGUUUUAGGGAAACUAAUUGCGUUAUCUACUGGAUGGCUGUUUAUCCAGCUUUUGAACAACUGGGCUAUGUAACUUUGUAACCCCGCCAUAUCCGCAGUAGCAUGAUCCGUAACGUAGAGUUAAAAGAGGAGAAUGUCAAGAAAGAAUUUUUAAAGUUAAAUAUACCUGCCUUGUAAACGUAAAAUAA